AAUCGUACUUCGAUUUAUGCAAUUUGUUGGAGUGAAGUUGUAAUAUCAUCGCUCUUAUUGUGAUCGGGUGUUGGUGGCGGUUUAUUUUUAUUCCGGUAGACCGUAACAAUAAGUGGUCGACCUCUUUGCUAAGGUAUGUCUCGUAUGUGCUUGUUAAUGCCUGUAUGUGGUUAAAUAUUUCCUACCAUCCGUUCGACCACCCUUACUAUCCGGUCGACCGUGCUUUUGUAAUUAUAUGAUUAGGUCGACCUUUCAGUAAAUUCUGGUCGACCUCAUGUUUGUUAUUGAGUAAUAAGGUCGACCGUACAGUUCAUUCAGGUCGACCUAACGAGAGCUAAUUGUGUAUGUUUUUUACAUUAAGUUCGUAUUGCGAUCGUUUCAGGAUGGAUAACAGAGAUGAUACAGAUGACAGAGAUGAUGAUGAUGAGGUUAACUUCGAUGAGGAACCUAAGGAUGCUCAAGAAGAAGCUAUGGAUAAUUCAGAUGAUACAGAUAAUACGGAUGAUGAAGUGGUUGGGGAUGAUAAUGAAACCGAGGGUGCUGAAGAAGAAUUUAUGGAUGAUGAAGAAGCUACUGAAUAUGAACAACAAAUUCCUUCCAUGGAGUUCCAAACAUUAGAAGAUGCAGAGAAAUUUUACGAUUCCUAUGCUAAAGCGAAAGGAUUUAGCGUUCGACGUAGAGAUCUUCGGAGAAAUCGUCGAGGAGUAGCAGUUGGGAGGACAAUGGUAUGUUCGAGAGAGGGGACUAGAGAUAAGAUGCAUAUAGAUAAAGAAGGUCGGACUCGACAACAUCGUAAGAUGACAAGACAUUAUUGCAAGGCAUCGUAUACUGUACGCUUUGAUCGGAAUAAGAAAAUGUGGGUUGUUUCUAAGUUUGAGAGGAAGCACUCACAUCGUUGCUGCAAUGAAGAAGAAAGUCAAUUCCUUCGGUCUCAUCGAAAUGUGAGUGAAGGAGACAAGGCUCUGGCGAUAGGGAUGCGACAGUCAGGAAUAAAACAACGCAACAUUGUUCAGUUCAUGAAGAAUAUAGUUGGAGGAUAUGAGAAUCUGGGGUACACUCCAAAGGAUUUGGACAAUGGUGUUCAGCAAUCCCGAACAGGUGACGACGAUCUAAUAGGAGAUGUUAACCGAACAUUGGGUUACUUGCAAAGUAAACAUACCUCUGAUGCAGGGAGCUUCUUCAAGUACACAACCAACGAUGAAGGUGAAUUAGGCAAUCUCUUCUGGUCGGACUCCACAUCUAGAGCUGAUUUCCAUUUUUUUGGGGAUGUCUUGGCGUUCGAUGCAUGCUACAAGCGCAACAGGUACAAUCGACCAUUUGUUAUGAUGGUUGGUGUAAAUCACCACCACCGUAACAUCAUAUAUGGUUUUGCCCAGUUGGAUAACGAGACAAUCCCCAACUAUGUUUGGUUGUUGAAUACUUUUCUGGAGUGUAUGAACUCUAAGAUGCCCACUUCAGUGAUCACAGACGGAGACAAGUCUAUGCGUGGUGCCAUUGCUACUGUUCUGGUUGGAGUGCCUCACCGUCUUUGUAUUUGGCAUAUUGAGACAAAUGCGACAACGGCUGUUCAUAAUAAGGAGUUUGUUAGCGCAUUCACUUACUUGGCGAAAGCACGAAUAUCGAUUGAGGAGUUUGAGAGGCGUUGGGAGCAUUUGAUUAGUCAGCAUGGUUUGUCUGCAAAUAAGUGGUUGCAGGAUUUGUACACUGACAAAUUACUGUGGGCAGAGGCAUACUUGAAGGAUAUUUAUUUCGGUGGACUCCAAUCAACCUCACGAUGUGAGUCAUGUAACCAUUGGAUAAAUGGGUAUGUGGGAACUCAAUACAGCUUGCAACGUUUUGUUCAGGGCAUUGAUGAAGCACUGGAGGGGAUGCGUUUCACGGAUGUGCAGGAUGAUUAUACUUCUAGGCACACGAGGUUGGUCUGCAAGCAUGCCCUUCGCACUUGGGAAAUGCAAGCUGAAAGUAUCUACACUCAUCGUACAUUUGCUAUCUUCAACUCUGAACUAGAGAAUGAGGCUUCUUAUGUAUUAGCGGAGAGAAGAACUGAAUCAGAUGGGACAGAGACAUUCAUACUGAAGAACUACAUGAACCCAGAUCGGAUAAGGCGGUUAACAUUUACUACGUCCAAUCAAGAUCUAAAAUGCGAGUGUGCAUUAUUUGAAUCUAAGGGGUUUCCAUGCAGACACAUGCUUACAGUAAUAAAAAAUAUGGGGUACACCGCACUACCCUCGUCGUGGUUCAAGCUACGAUGGACCCAAAAUGCGAAGACACUAAAUCGUCAUCCUGGAGUUGGAGGUGAUGUGGGAGAGAAAGUUGGUCGACUGAUAAGACAUGGAGGAUUGGCUCUAAAGUGUAAGCGUUUAUGUGACAUCGCGUGUGGUAGUGAAUCUGCUUUUAAUCAUGUCUCUAAAUCGUUGGACGACCUUACUCAAUGGGCAAUUGAGUUCGCGAGGGAGAGAACGGACAACACCACAUCGACAAACCCUCCAGCACCCCUUCGAAGUGUGAAAGAUCCAAAAAUUGGGAAGACCAAGGGGACAUUCAAGUCAGCACGAACUGCAUCGGGUAAAAGUUUAAGAAAGUGUUCGAAAUGUGGGAAAUAUGGUCAUUUUCGCCCUAAGUGCCCGAAACAAAGUCCCAAAAAAGGAUCUUAAAUUUCUUCUAUUGUUGUUUAGGAGUUUAUUUAUAUUUUAAUAACUGUGAUUGCAUUGUAAUUUCUUCGAAUUAUCUUAAUAAUUUAUGAGUUAAUUGAUUGUUGGUUGAUUGGACGGUGGUCGGGCGCGAGGCAAGUCAAAAAGAAAGCCACACGGGCACACACACAAUCCACAUGGCCGUGUGAUGUUGCAAUUUGGUCGUGUGGAAUUAUGCGAGGCCUCACACGGCCAUGCUGGGUGAGCUACACGGCCAGGCUGGCGGCAAAUAGCAAUAAAACGGUCGACCUCAUACAAAUAACGGUCGACCUGAACAUACACGGUCGACCGAACAUGUUAGUGAGGUCGACCGCGUAUUUAAUUCGGCCGACCAAACCGGUUUGUUUGCAACAUCCACCCAAACCUCCCCCAAUCCUCUAUUUAAGAAACCCUCCCCCACCCAUUCUACACCACAAUCAGAACCCUAUCCCACCACAUCCACUCAUUCUUCCUCUCCUUUCCCUUCUUCAUCUUCUUCUCCAUUUUCCAAAAACUCCAUUUUCCAAAAACUCAAAGAAAGCUUCAUCCUCAUCACUUAGAAGAAGAACAAGGUAUAGCUUUCACUCCUCUCUUUCAUUUGAGUCGAUUCUUGUCUUCUUCUUUCUGUUUUCAAAAAAUCUAAAGAUGUAAAAGAGGGAUUUUUCCUUCUGUUCGUCAGAUGCGGUCGACCUGUUCAUCAUCGUGGUCGACCGCGUCUGGCCUUAAAUCGAUUUUAUUUCUGUUUUAUGGACUGAGGUCGACCUAUGAUGAUAUUGAGGUCAACCUGUGAAGUUCGAGUUGAGAUUUCUGCCCUUAUUAUUCAAGCGAUCUUAUUUCUGUUUUUUUUGUGCGAAACUAACACAGGUCGACCGCUUCUAUUUAUGAGGUCGACCGAAUCUGUUUUGCACUCAAUUGAUACUAUCAUUUGGGUCAUUUCUUUUCGUUUUAAUUUAGCCGAGGUCGACCUGUGAUGCUUCUGAGGUCGACCUAUGAAGGCAAAAGUUCGAUUUAUUUGCCUUUGUCUUUGAAUUAUGUGUGCAAAACUAACACUGGUCGACCUCUUCUAUUUAUGAGGUCGACCGACUUUGUUUUGCACUCAAUUGAUACGAGCAUUUGGGCCAUUUCUUUUCGUUUUAAUUUAGCCGAGGUCGACCUGUGAUGAUUCUGAGGUCGACUUAGGAAGACAAAAGUUCGAUUUAUUUGCCUUUGUCUUUGAAUUAUGUGUGCAAAACUAACACUGGUCGACCUCUUCUAUUUAUGAGGUCGACCGAAUUUGUUUUGCACUCAAUUGAUACGAGCAUUUGGGCCAUUUCUUUUCGUUUUAAUUUAGCCGAGGUCGACCUGUGAUGCUUCUGAGGUCGACCUAUGAAGGCAAAAGUUCGAUUUAUUUGUGCUAAACUUAUUGAGGUCGACCUGUGAUGAUAUUGAGGUCGACCUCGGGCCAUUUAAAUCGAUUGAAAGGCAAUUGUGACUUUCAGAAGCCGCGCAGUGCAGGAGAUUAGGCCAUCUUGCAAUGCACUCGAAGACAUAAACGAUUGUGUCUUUG